AUGGAUGAGAGGUCCGAGUCUCGAGCGUCUGGAACGACAUACCACAGCUUCGCCGAUACGGAGUUGUUCGAGUCUGCGUCUCCCCCGCCUCGACCACCCGUGACAUACGACACCACCAGUCUUCAGCACCUCGAACAUCUUCAACAUGAGCUUCAGCGCCAACAGCAGCAGCCCAAGGAACCCACCUGGGUGAGGGACCGUCGACCGCCCACGGCAAAGAUGCAGCGCCAAGAUUCUGGCUACGAGUCCAACACCCCUCGGCGCACCUCUACCUCCAACACCACCACCUCAAGUCGAUGGUCGAAUGGCUCCUCCCGAGACACCAGCAGUAACAGCAGCAACGGGUCAGGAGUUAGAACUCGCUUCCGCGAUCGGCGCCCUUCUCUUCGUCGCUCAGCAAAGACGCACCCCGUUCAACAAACCCGCACAAGCGCCCAGUCGCUUCAUCUCGUGCGCACAAACACAGCUACUCAACAACCCUCAAAGCAACCUACCGCCUUCUUCCACUUCCCCUCGCCAGACCCUAUCCAGCUCGCCGACAGCGUUCCCGAUCGUCGCGUCCAACCCACGCCCAUCCCUUCCCCGCCGCCGCAGACAACGCACUACUGGACCAGCGACCGCACGCGCCGUCUCGAGUACGCAGCCAUUGACGCUGCCACGCGCGGUGUCAAGGGCUGGGUUCUGAAACACAUUGUUCCAGACUGCUUCGUGUCUCGCGAGAACAGACAUGUCUCGUUUGACGACGACUCAGGAAGUGUGCGCCGGUACAGGCUCGAGCUGGAGGAUGAUCACCAUAUGGAGAAGAUCAAGGCGGGCGCGCAUAAGAACAAGAAUGGAAGAAGACGCAAGGGAUGGAAAUUCUGGAAACGCCAAAAGGCCGAGGCUCAACCCGCGGCGUACAUCUGA